AUGGAAACGGAGCAUUCUCUCAACUUCACCGACUACCGCGACGACCACUCCCGCCGUGCGGACUGCGAGAAGCGGAGCCCGCCUGAAUUUGAAGGGAUCACGGAGCAACAGAAGAACGAGCUAAAGAAGAGUUCGCCGAAGAAAAAGCCCCUGGAAGAACAAUGGUUUGAGCUGUGGGAAGUGGUGUUCCCUGGCCGUCAACGCCCACAGUCAGCUGUCAUCCGCAAUUACGUCGAGGAGAUGGUACCAUUGCUGCGGGACCUGUGGAAUGACAAGAAGUCCGAGAUCAUAUCAGGUGUCAUGGAAGCUAGGGAUGGACCUGCUGUAGUUGACGUCGGCUUGAUAGCCAACAUCAUGAGCUCUGUCUUCGACAGAUUCGAAGCAGAAACAGCCCGCUCGUCGCAGGGGUGCCAUACCGAGUGGCCUGAGGCUCGGAUUGGAUCACCGCAGCACUCAGCGAAGAUCGAUUCAGGGCUCCGUGGAGCAGAGUCCGGUUUCAAUUUCGAAGACCCAUUCGAGACGCAGUAUCUAUCGCAAAUCGGGUUACUGGACAUCUAA